CGCGGCUCUACCUAAACUAAUAAUCAACUUCAACGAACUUCUCCCCCCUCUUUCCUCAUCCCACACAACAAUAACAACUUUGAUACCUUCCAUCUACUUUCUUGCCCCCUUUGCGGUUUACCAUCAUCCUCACGUCUCUCACACCCCUUAAUCCGACCCUUCUCCGUAAUCGUUUCUCCGUUCAUCGAUCAUCAUGGGUGCCCACUCUGCUGUUUGGCAAGGAUAUGUCGAUUCCAGCUUGAUGGGAUCCGGCCAAUUUGACAAGGCUGCCAUUCUGAGCCACGACCUUUCCGGCACCGAGGCCUAUUCUCCCGGAUUCUCGAUCACCGUGGACGAGCUCAAGGCCCUCGCCGCCGCCUUCGCCGAUAGCAACUCGGCGAUGCAGAACGGUUUCACUGUCGGUGGAGAGAAGUUCGUCGCUAUCAGAGCCGACGACCGCAGUCUAUAUGGCAAGAAGGGCAAGGAGGGUAUCGUCGUUGUGAAGGCCAAGUCCUGCGUCAUGAUCGCCCACCACCCCGAGACUGUCCAGACCCCCAGCGCCGCCACCGUUGUCGAGAACCUCGUUGAUUACAUCAACAAGUACUAGACUGCUGUGUGGAAACGAAAUGAACGUGUCUUCUUAACUUGUUUAAAAAGGACUGUGUCUGCUUCGAAUUGAUUUACUGGCGCAUCCUCUUCGUUUCUAUGUUUACUCUACCUCCUUUUCUUCUUCCUUCUGUUCGCCGUUCGAUAUUCAUCGUCACUCGUAGAUAUGUGCAAUAGGUUCUGAUCUAGUCCGCAAGAAAGAUUUCCAAAUUUCCGUCGCCUACGAUGGAUUGCGUUGUCGCAAGGCAACAAGUAUAGACUUGUCUUCAUACAUCCGUAUCAAAAAGCGUUAAAUUGGGUUGCCUAUACCAUCCAACAUACUUACCCAUUAAUCCAAUCAUAGACACGCAACGGCCAGGAAAAUCAAAGAAUAAUAAUUACAUGUCUAGCAUUACAAUAUAUAUCACUCCAUCAAUAUAAACUCUCACCACAGCAUCCCCCUCCCUGCAAAACAACAGAGAAAAGGAAACCGCACUCCCGUCCAGAUCCCAUCAGGAAAAGGAAAAAGAAUAAUUCAUAUCCGUCUCAUCAUAAUCAUCCCAACCCUUCCCCCUCCCCAUACUCAAACCCAUACCCAUACCCAUACACAAC